AUGGAAGGCGAGUUCGCUACCGCCGCCGCCGCUGCCGCUGCCUUAACACUUCUGUCGUCGUCGACCACAAGGAUGACAGGCGCGUCAUCGUCGGCGCCGGAGUCGGUGACACAUCGCUUUGAACAGAUUGAGGUCGCGUCUUCGCCGCCGUUUCAGCCACCACAUUCCUCGCGGUGGAAGUACGAGUAUAUCGAUCGCGUAAUUAAACGACGAAAACAACACGGCGACGACGCGCGACGCGUCAUUCGUGUGCACGCGUACAGGGAAAGAAUGCCGCACCCGGGCGCGGCGGCAGCGUUCGCGAUGAACGAACGAGGUAGAAAGCGAGGUAGCACGUGGUUGACACUGUUCGCUACGACAGUGGUGGUGGUGGCGGUGGCGGCGUCCGCGGCGGCGGCGAUGAACUGA